AUGGCUGCGUGGGAGACGACUGUGAUGGGGACUCGGGUCAAUGUGGGACCUGUCUGCUCUCCAACGAGCCAUGUAUGCACCGGACCGCGCUGCCGUGUUGUCAGCUGUACCGGCAGGGACUGCAAGAAUGGAAUCUGCACGGGAAAGCAUUGCCAACCCGAGGACAGUGACUGCGAGAACAAAGAGGCUGCGAGCUGCACCAACUGGAUCAGUAGUUCUCUCGUCAAGCCCGCAUCGACUUAUUUAACGAAUACAGUCACUACCGCCUGCAAGACCAUUACUGCGUACAAUGCUGAAGUCACGACUGCAACUAAGACCGUAGAUAAGGACGGAUUCGUUGAAUUCACAGUUACCAUUAUUGACAAAGACGAGACACUCGAUACCACAAUUGAAUAUUCGCUCUCUAGCGAUAUCUCUGCCUACUACUCAGUUACUGGUCCGCCAUUGACGCUACCUCUACAUCAACUACCGCUGCUCCCACAACCACCGGCUCCAACGGCGGCGGCGGAGCUCACAACUCCAUCCCAAACUCCUUUAUCAUCUACAAAUACCUCGUAG